AUGGACAUUACCGUAUAUGAGGCUGCUCGAAAGGGCGAUGUCCAGUCUUUGAAACAUCUCUUUACCGGUGACUCCGCGGUUGACGUGAACCAGAGAGACGGUAAUGGCCUCUCAGCACUAAUUCAUGCGGUGAGAAAUCACAAGUCGGAAGCGAUCCGGUUUCUCCUCCAGCAGCCUGGCGUCGACGUAGAUCUCGCCGAUACCAAAGGUCAAACUCCCUAUGUCGAGCUUGGCGCCGGUGUCCUCCUUGAGCUGCAGUCCUUCAACCAUCGGAGACGCAUCAUCAUCUGCUGCGAUGGGACUUGGAACGAUAGAGAGGCCGAGCAGCCGUUUACAAACGUCACGAGGAUCCUAGAUUGCAUAGAUACUGCCGGAUUUGGAGAUCAUCCAAUGCAACGAUUCGAGCAGUUGGUUUACUACAUGGACGGCAUUGGUACUGGUACCACGUGGGUGGGGGCUAGGGUUGAUGGCGCCUUUGGAACAAGUAUUGCGCGUAAGAUAUGCGAAGCAUAUCGCGUCCUUUGUUCUUUGUAUGUCAUGUCAGCGGACCAAAUCGUCCUGAUCGGGUUCUCUCGCGGUGCCUUUACCGCGCUAUGCCUCGCCAACUUCGUCAAUGACGUUGGGCUGCUUCAGCCAGACUCCAUGAACGAGGAAUUGCCUAAACUAUUUCAACUCUGGUAUACCGGGAAACACAAGGUGACUCCUGAAACACCUCGGGAGACUACGGAGCUAGAGACUCUCUGCACAGAUCUUGCAAAACAGGGGCGGCUUCGAAAGUCAAUCAAGAUCAACGCACUGGCCCUCUGGGAUACCGUGAAGUCGUUAGUAACACUACAGGGAUGGAUCCCCUUCUCUAAAAAGCCGACAGACACGCCAUUUCACUUCAUCAACGACCAGGUGCCUCAAUGCGUCCACAGAGCGUACCAAGCCCUUGCGCUGCAGGAAGCACGCAAGGACUUCCAACCUCUCGUCUUGACAAGCUCCAACGAAGACCAAUUGAAACAAUGUUGGUUUCUUGGCAGCCAUUGUGAUAUCGGGGGCGGUGACGGAAACAAUGGGCUAGCGAACAUUGCCCUUUGCUGGAUGAUUGCGCAGCUGCAAGGGAGCAUCGAAUUCAAGCAGGUAGCAACCUGGGACUCCACUGGCGGCGGGAGGGUGCUCGACGGCGCUACUAUACUAGAGGGUGAUGCUAGGAACGAUACUGGGGACUCGGCUGAGCUUACCCCGAGUUGGACAACCACAAUUUCCGGCUACCUGAGUUACAACUCGCUCACCUGGUUCUGGGUCCCACGGGGAUCCGUAGUUCGCCGGAUCGGAGGCCGACGGACGGUAACUGGGACAACCACCAUUGACAGUUAUGAGAGAAUUCACUUCUCUGUUCAAGCUCUGAUUGCGCUGCAAUCACAACAAUGGAAACUGUCAGUUCCAUCGUUGGAUCCAUUCGAAUUCUGCCAAGCUCCAUCGCCGAACCCACCCGUGAUCCACGAGGCGAUGCGAAGACAAUUUUGGAAAAGGAAAGUCGGUGAGCCCGGAGUGGAGAUAGAAGAGGACACGGUGAAAUACUGGGAGCAAGCUAUGCUCGAGCGAUGGCUAGAUCGGGAUCUUGCCCAUUUAGAGGAGAUGGGCAGGGCGUUUGCAAGACAUCACCCUACUGCGCAUGUGGAGCCUGGACAAAAUCCUUGGUCAGUCCUGAUGUUCGAACGACACUUGAUCCAUGGGGAAAACACAGAACAACAUUAG